AGGACAGGUAGGGGGUGAGAUUGAUCUCAGAUGGGUUAGGGGUCAUGCUGCCUACGUCACAGGAUCCUAAGAUGGCGUUUUGAUGACGACGGGAGAAGUGAGGACCCCUGCCCUUGUUUUAAAGUGACACCAAUGCAAGACAUCAAGGGUAGGCGAUGGAGCUCCCCAAUUACGCCAGUCAGCUGCUUCUCCAGCUCAACCAACAGCGCUCCAAGGGCUUCCUGUGCGACGUCAUCAUCAUGGUCGACAACACGCUUUUCCGAGCCCACAAAAGCGUCCUCGCCGCCACCAGCCACUACUUUAAAUCCCUCGUUCUUCACGACAACCUCAUCCACCUCGACCCUGAUAUGGUGGACCCGGUUGUUUUCCAACAAAUCCUGGACUUCAUUUACACAGGCAGAUUCUCCGACGAGACCCUCGAAGGUCUGGAUUUGAGUUCGCUGCUCACCACGGCUAACUUUCUCCAGCUUAAUGACCUCGCUAACCUGUGCUCCAGUAAGAUCAACCAGAAUGGCUCCCUCGGUAACCUGGCUCGUGGGAUGUCGUUACGAGUGCAGAGGUAUUCCUCUCCUACCUCAAUUAAAUCUUCGAGCCGACUGUACGACAGGGGAAUCGAGGAGCAUUCAUCGGACACGGAAACGUACACGUGCAUGACCCCUCCCAAAAAGAGGCACAAUGUUGAAAGUAGGUACAUUUCGAGGAAAAAGCAAGACUUGGGGUUGGAUUUGUCAAAGAAAAAUUUGAAUAUCGAGAUGAACGCCCAUGAGGUUUUCGUACCUAGAACGAUCUCCAACAACGUGCAGCCGGGAUUAAAUGGAAAAUGCGUUCCAAAGGAGGAAAAGUGGAUCAUUCCUUUGGAUGGAGCACAGGAGAGAAAAAAGGAGGGAUCUCGCAGAAAAUCCAAGGUGAAUGGUUACAUUCCUCUGGGGAAGGGUGGAAAUCAACUAAGCCAGAAUCAAACGUUUACUGUCCAGUUGUCUGUAAAGAAAGAGAAAGAUAGUGGAGGAAAAACGCAAGACGAAACGCCAAACGGCAGCACCAAUUUCGUCUACCAAAAGGAGACGUUUCUGAAAGAAGCCGAAGGGGAAAACCCCUACGUUUGCAUACCGUGUGAAAAGGGCUUCCCCUCUUCCGAAAGCCUCAAAUCUCACGUGGAAACCCAUAUUGUUGAAGACAUGGAUGUGAAGGUUGAAGACGACGACGAGGAGGAGGAGGAAGGCAACGGAGACUCUGGAGUCACCAGAGUCUCGCAAAAACCUUCCGAGAACCCGGAGCGAAGCCCACCGAAGUCGCUCAAAGACGUCGACACCGUGCGUCCGUUCCCAUGCAACAUCUGCGGCAAAAUGUUCACGCAGCGAGGAACGAUGACGCGCCACAUGCGCAGCCACCUCGGCCUGAAGCCGUUCGCUUGCGAGGAGUGCGGGAUGCGCUUCACCCGGCAAUAUCGUCUCACCGAGCACAUGCGUGUCCAUUCGGGGGAGAAACCGUAUAAGUGCCAGGUCUGCGGGGGCAAGUUUACGCAACAAAGAAACCUCAUUAGUCACAUGCGGAUGCAUACCUCACCAUCCUAGGACAGGUCAAAGAGUCCGAAACUUUAGCGAUACCUCAGAUUUUCAUAUUGCUUUGGUCUGGGUGAAAGACGAGCUGAAAAAACGCCAACUCCAGCUAUACCUCUUUAUUACGUUCUUUAAUAUUCUCGUGCAUGAAUUAUUAUCAUUAGUGUGUACUAGUUAAAAACAAAGUUUAUCCACUUAGAAAUGUAGUUUAAAAAUGAUCGUAUAAUCCUCUCAGAAUUGAAGCGAACGAAUGUUUUGUUUUGUUUUUACAGCUGUGAUACUUUUCGAAUGUAAUGAUGACGAAUCUUAUUUCGUUUACGCUUCGGAUACGGACCUCUAUAGUAAUGCUAUCUAGAUUGUUUACUUGAAUACACAAACUUGCUACCUCAGAUUAAACCAAACCCUCUGUUAAGCCUGUAUGAGAUUAAGACUACGCGUUAGAUACGUUCGCCGUCUUCCACGUUUCAGUCGUUAGCUUUCUUGCAGGAUUUUCAAAUAAUAAGCUGGCAUCCGUUCCGGAAUAAAGGAAACACACUGCCUGUUUUAAUGUAAACUUUUCAGGGGAAAAGCCAAUACUUCACUAUAGAGACGCGAUCUGGGUGUUUUGAUGUACAGUUCCAAAGAAAUAUUGAAUGUUGAAAUGCUAAAGAAAUACUGUAAAACUAUAACCAAAUCUAUAUUCUUGCUAAAUAUUUAAGUCUAAUUUAUGCUUCUUUUGAUUCAGGUCUUCUUUCUUUAUUUCGGGGUUUUUCCUUUUUUUCCCAAUGCUUUAACCGAUGGCUUUAUUUAUAUGGCAUGUUGUGCGUAUUUGCUUUACCGAUGUGGCAUGUGCAUUGUCCUUAUAAAAUUGAAGUUAGAUUUAGCGUCGUUCAUGCGUUUAGUGUUGAAAUGAGACCAAAAGCGAUACCUAGUGUAAAUAUUUUUAUUAAUGUGAUGAACGUUGCUUAUGGUGCAUCACAUACUUUUACUCUUUUAGAUAUGAAAUCAUUUCUUACUGUGCUUUAAUUUCUUUAUGAGAUGUUUAUUUUAAACUACCUCUGGGUGUUUUGUAUGUUUUUGCAUGCUGGAGGGCUCUCUAAACAAAAUAUUAUUUUAAGGUUGUGUUACCGGUUUUGUAGCUGUUUUGGCGAAUAUGAAAAGGGUACUUUAAAUAAUAGAUUCUUCAUUGUUUGGUUUCUUUUUGUUUUGUUUGACACUGUCUGUAAAUCAAUAAAAAUAAUCGAGAAUAUUCAGGAACUUUUUAAUAGUUAAUGGACUUGAAACUUAACUUCAAAACUGUGACACUUACAUUCACGUCCUUUAUGAACCUCAGGGAACAUUUUAGCACCCGAUAAAGUUUUAAACCAUAAAGCGCCAUUAACCAAUGUUUUUGCAGCUAUGUUUUGUCUGUGUUGUUCAAAUGUAUUUCAAUAUUCUCCACAACCCAAUAAGCCUUCAGAAGCUUCGGCAGCUUUUAUUACCACUCUCAGUACAGGUCUGUGUGUACGUUAUGGUUUAAUGUGGUUUACAGAUGCUUUUAAAA